GCCUGCCUUGUGACCGGAAGGGCCGGGGAGCCGCCCCCGGAGGAAGAGCCAGCUGCAGGAACGCACGGCGCUGGCAAGAGAGCCGCGGAUUUCCCGGGGAUCCGGCGGGGAGCGGAGGCGGCGGCGCCGGCUGGCCUCCCCUGAGCGGAGGCCUCGGCGGACGGCUUGGGAGGAGAGGCGGGGGAGCGGUGGCAGGUUGCAUCUCCACUUCCACUCCUGCGCCCGACCUGCUGUUUUCCUUCCCCUUCUCCUCGCUUUCGCCUCCGGCCUCUUCCCAUGACCGGUGUAGCAGCCCCCAGCCCGGGCGCUUGACCCAGCCUGGAGAGGGGCGUGCGUGGCGCAGAAGUCCGGCCUGGCCAGGGUAGGGGGGCGCUGGAAACGAGAGGAUGCGAAACGCCACGUCCCACCCAUCUUCCGUGGGCGAGGAAGCAGGAAAGGACGGGAUCCUGCCAAGGCUGGCUUGAGCCUGGAGGAAUUAAAGGAGGGUGAUUUGAAGAAGAGCUGAGGCUUCGCUCAUGGUAAGGAUGGAGCACUCAGUGGAGACCCAGGGGAGCCGAAAUAGGUAGAUCUCCUUCAGGUGGAAGAUGAGAGUUGGCAGGUGAUCUCUUGUGCCAAAUCCCUCCGUGGAUACAAUAAAACUGAAGUGACAGCCGGUGCAAGAGUUAUUGCUCCGUUUUUGAAAGAGAAAGAAUUAAACCCACAAAAGACCUGCUGUUGCUCUUGAAAAUGACAAUAAUUUGGGAUGAUUUAUUUAAUGUAUAUUCUGCCUUUCCUGCAGAAGCUCAAAAGGAUAUUUCCCACCUCCACACACACACCCUCCCCAAUGAUCCUAUGAGUUGGGUAGGUCUGGGAGAAGAUGUCUGAUCUAAAGUCAUCCAUGAGUUUGGGCUUAAGGUGGGCUGGAACCCCAUUUCUAGUCCCACAUCUUAACCCCUGCAUUCAAGCUAUUUACAAAGUAUCCAGAAUCUUGAUGUUUUCCAGAUGUAUUUGAUUAUAGCAGCUGAAGUUAAGAGGUGCAAGGCCAGCAGACAUCAGUUGAGAAAAAAAUGCCUUAAAGACAGGCAUUAUUGAACAAUUAUUGAAGCAGUGCCAUUUUAAAGGCAUGGUAGAAUCCCUAAGGAAGAUGCUGUACUUCAUUGUGGUUACCAAGAUUUCUGAAUAUAUAUCCUUAUAUAGCCUUAUAUUUCCCAAUUAAACUAUAUUAGGAUGCUUGCUUUAAAGGUUUAUUUAGGGCUCCAUAUGGUUCCAUUGUUACUUUUAUUUUGUGCAUUAUAGCAAAUCAAGUUACAUACAGACUUAUUAAUAUUUAAGUGCGUUUAUUUAAAUGCAUUUUACAUUUUUUACUUAUUCUUACAACAUCCCCAUAAAAUAGAUUAGUAUUCUUCCUUUGUACAUGAGGCUGAGACUGAAAGAGUUUUAUUUGUAGAUAUAAUGAAAUUAUAUAUUUUAAAUCAUAAUCUUAAUUGUAAUUUCCCACUUUGGUUACUUGUAUAUUUGUGGUAGUAAAUAAAGAUUGAGUAUUGAGGAAGAGGAAGAAAUUAAAAAGUAGGUGCAAUCAUUCAAAAACAUGUUAAUCAACUUAAUUAAAUAUUAUUUAGAAUUUUUUGGAUUUUUUUAGAUCUAAAUAUAGUGCAAAGUUACAUUCUUAUAAAUUUUGUUUACAUAAUUAGAAUGUUGGUUUCAUCCAAAUAGGAGGAAAGGUAGGUCAUUGUGCCUCUGAAAAAUGUAAUGCAAAUUAGAUGAUAACCAUGUUUUGUAAAAUCUGUUCUAAAAGAAAAUGGCUUAAUCUACAAGCUGUUAUGACUGUUCAGCCAGUGGUCUUUUUAUUACAGUGUCUACAACUGCAGACACCAAUGUGAAGAAGGAUUAAAGCCUGUCCAGUAUGAUGAGAGUUACUUUUAAAUAAGCAUACUUAGAUUGCACUGUUUAUAAAUAAUGCAAUAUUGCCAAGAAUACUGAAAACUGGCAACUUAAAUUCUACAGAAUUUAUCAACCAUGAAAAUAGAGCAUAUCUGAAUAGGACUGAACUGGGGAAGGAUACUUGUCUUGCACAGUGGCCUAUAGUAUCCUUCCAAAAAUUUGGAAUGAAAAUAACAUUUCUCUUAGGUAACUGUGGCACAGAUGUGGUGAGACCAGUGCUAGAUGGUAUUAGCAUACCGUGCUGAGCCAUCAACUUGUUGUGAUUGGACAUGAGUUCUGGUAAUUCUCAUGAUGAUAACUUCUUGAGGACUUCUUGAGAAGAUGGAAAUAGGCUCCAAGGUCUUGGGUGCUAAGCAGUCAUGAAACUGGCAUCUGUUUUAUUAUUUUGAGGGAUCUGUCUUCUAGAGCAGUGUGUAUUUAUGUAUGUAUUUACUUAAAUUUACAGGUACAAUUUCUAUGGCUGUCGAAGCUGCAAAUGCAAGAGUUCAAUUGUAUUAAAAUAGUUGUCUUCAGAAAUUUAUUCCUCAGCAGUUUGUUUGGUGAACAGUAGGCCAUCUUCUGGAAAGCACAAUGAGUGUCAAAGCCUUCAAGCUUGUUCCCGCAGUUGAGUGGGAGUUGCUGACGGGUGACAGAUCUCGAAUCCAUAUCGAAUGUGUGGAGUGCUGUGGACGAAACCUCUACAUUGGAACAAAUGAGGGCUCUAUCUGCCAUUUUCUCUUGGAGGAGAAAAAUCCCCCUUCUGAAAAAACACCUUUUUCUAUUUCCAAGCAGCUGCAUAAGAAUCUCAGUUGCCGGAAGGCUGUGGGAGAGUUGAAAGCAGCUUCUGCACUUAACAGACUUCUGGUGCUCUGUGACAAUACCAUCACUUUAAUGAACAUGAUGAACUUGGAACCCAUCUCCACUGGGGCCAGAAUCAAAGGAGCCCUGAUGUUCACAUUGAAUGAGAACCCUGUGAAUGGGGAUCCAUUCUGUGUGGAAGUGUGUAUUGUUUCAGUGAAACGGAGGACCAUCCAAAUAUAUUUGGUCUACGAGGACAAAGUACAGAUUUUGAAAGAAUGUUGCACGCGAGAACAGCCUUCUGCUGUAGCGGUGGAUGGCUAUUACUUAUGCCUUGCUCUCACUAGCCAAUAUAUUAUACUGAACUACAAUACUGGAGCUUCCCAGGAGCUCUUUCCUUAUACUGGUGAACCAGUUGUGAAAAGAAUAGGCAGGGAAGAGUUCCUGUUGGCUGCACCUGGGGGUUUAGGUAUGUUUGCCACUGUGGAUGGCAUUUCCCAGCGGGCUCCUGUUCGCUGGUCCGAAAAGGUGAUUGGGGCUGCCCUCUAUUUUCCCUAUGUAAUUGCUCUCGAUGAAGAAUUCAUUACUGUGCACAGUAUGCUGGACCAGCAGCAGAAGCAAACCUUACCCUUUAAGGAUGGGCAUAUCCUACAAGAUUUUGAAGGGAAAGUAAUUGUAGCUACUACCAAAGGAGUAUACUUCUUGGUCCCACUGCCUCUGGAAAAACAAAUUCAAGACCUUUUGGGCAGCCGAAGAGUUGAAGAAGCACUAGUGUUAGCAAAGGGAGCCGAAAGGAAUAUUCCAAAGGAGAAAUUUCAGACAAUGUACAAGCGAAUUUUGCAGCAAGCAGGAUUUAUCCAGUUUGCACAGCUCCAGUUCCUUGAAGCAAAAGAGCUCUUCAGAAGCAGCCAGCUGGAUGUCCGUGAGCUGAUUUCUCUCUACCCUUUACUGUUGCCUACUUCUUCUUCAUUCAUGCGGUCACACCCUCCUCUGCACGAAUAUGCUGACCUAAACCAACUUACACAGGGGGACCAGGGGAAGAUGAUCAAGUGCAAGCAAUUUCUCAUGACCUACCUGAGUGAGGUCCGCAGCACUGGCGUCACCAAUGGCUACAAGGAGGAUAUUGACACAGCCCUGUUGAAACUCUACGCCGAGUCCAAUCAUGAAAGCCUUCUGGAUCUCCUGGUCUCUGAGAAUUCUUGCCUUCUGGCAGACAGUGCUGCCUGGUUGGAGAAGCACAAAAAGUUUUUUGCACUUGGGCUUUUGUAUCACUCAAAUGGUCAAGAUGCUACAGCACUACAGUUAUGGAUACAGAUAGUCAACGGGGAGAUUCAGGAUUCCACACGCACAGAUCUUUAUGACUAUAUCGUAGACUUCCUAACCUCCUGUUCUGACCAUGAAUUGGUGUGGAAGUACGCAGAAUGGAUCUUAGAGCAUAACGAGGAGGUUGGUGUGUACAUUUUCACUAAAAGGCCCCUGGAAGAUCAAGAGAAAAACAGCUUUAACCCAGAUGAUGUCAUCAAAUGCCUUAAAAAAUAUCCGGUGUCACUAGUAAAAUACUUGGAGUACUUAGUUCUAGAGAAAAGAAUAAAAAAAGAAAAGUACCACACCCAUCUAACAGUGCUUUACCUCAAUGAAGUGCUCCAUCUGAAGUCACUGGGUGCUGAGAGGCAGGGGAAGCUGACAAUAAUGCAGACAAAACUACGCAGUCUUCUGCAGAGAUCUGACCUUUACCGAGUUCAUUUCAUUUUAGAUAAAAUUGCUGGCACAGAUCUUCAUGCUGAGUGUGCAAUACUGUAUGGGAAGCUAGAAGAACAUGAAAAAGCUCUACAGAUUCUGGUCCAUGAACUGAAGGACUUCUCGGCCGCUGAGGACUAUUGCCUAUGGAAUUCCGAGAGCAAAGGCCUUCCCUACAGACGGAAGCUUUUCCAUCUACUGCUCUCAACAUAUCUCAAUUCCAGCACAUCCAACCAUGAACUGAAUGUGGCAGCUGUUGACCUUCUGAACAAUCAUGCAGCUGAAUUUGAUGCUGCAUGGGUUUUGCAGCUAAUUCCUGCCAGCUGGUCCAUACAGUUUCUCUCCUCCUUUCUGAUGGGUGCAAUGAGGGAAAGUCUCCAUUCACAAAGAAUGGCUGAGAUUGCACUGAGCUUAGCGAAAGCUGAGAACCUUAUUUACAAGCAUGAAAAGGUGAAACUAAGAGAAAGCCCAAUCCUUCUCUCUGACAAAAAACUCUGCCAGGUGUGCCAGAAACCUUUCUGUGAACCUGCCUUUGUCCGGUAUCCCAACGACACUGUUGUCCACAUGCACUGUGCUUCAAAGAGACUUGUGAAUUCCAACACAAACCAUCACUUAUCCAGCUCCAGUGGAUGGACAUGAAAUGAGUUGAGUCAGUGGCUGUGCUAGGAUUGGAUUCCUAGGAGUAACAAAGGAGGAUCUGGAGGAAAAAGAACAAGGCAAGAGGAAGGGGCUGGCUUGGCGUAGAUGGGAAGGCACAAGCUCAACAUGAAACAGAGCCACUGAACUUUUUAAAAAGUGACAGCACAGGAAAUCACAGGGGGUUAUGUAGAAUGAAUCUUUUCCUCACAGGAAGGGUGAGUGGUUCAGCAUGAAAGAACUUUUUUUAAAUUAAAAUUUGCACUGAACUUGGUUAUCAACUGGUCUUGAAGUGAGAGGGGACAGCGUCACGUUCUGUGCCCUCGAUGCGGUUAAUAUUUGAAGCACUUUUGAGCCUUUGUUCGCCUCCUUUUUCUGCCUUCUAUGUUCACCUAUUACCAACUGAUGGAAGCACUGACAUCUUAGUAAUUCCUGCUUUAGUUAUGAGCAAGGCAGGACAAUGCAAAGACCACUUACUAUUUCCAACCUUAGGAAUAAGUCAAAAUGUGGGUGUCUCUCAUGCGGGAAGCAUAUAACAUUUGGGAUUUGGGUGGGGGGGAGGUCUGGUGGAACAGGCUGUAGUAAUUGUAAUGACUUAUUUAUUACCAUACAAAUGUUCUGUAAAUACUGUUGAAUGAAAAAGGUUUUUUUAUAUAUAUCUCAACAUUCUCUAGAACCAAAAUAACUAAUCAGUGAUUUCUGGGUAGCGUUCUUUGUUUUGUUUAAGUGUCUAUACCCAUCAUUACAAAGAGCCAUUGUUAAGCUUUCCUGCAAGCAAAGAAACCAGUGCCUCUCCUUUGCAGGAAUGACAUGAAAACUUUUAUUCUAAGGGAUAACAAAAUGGGAAAAAAAUAACAAAUCAACAGGUGACUUCACAAGGUGCUGAGUAUGCUUGGUAACAGUUAAUAAAAUACUUCAAGAAUUCUGAAAGUGUACCAAAUUUUUUGAACCUUGCCAGGUAUCUGUAAUGUCUGCUACAUUUUUAAUUGGCUGAAUUUAUAUGCCCAUCCAAUCAGAACCAACUCUGAACAUAUAUGAAAAUAAGUUUAAAAGUACAAAAUCAAAAAUAGGAUGGUGUAAAGUUGCUUUUUCAUUUAUAUUCUCCCUUCUCUUUCUCUCUCAUAUCCACAAACUUGUAUCUGCUUCUCCAAUUCGGUCUAAUUACCGAAUUUAAAGAGGGAAGUACUGUAUCUUGGGGUUAGCUGACGAAUUACAGAUUUAAAUUUGUUUUCUUAAAACUUGGAACAGGCUUUUGCUCAUAUUCUUGGCAGCCCAUUUCAAUUGGAAAGCAAGGUUGUCUUUUAGCAAGUUUUACUGACAAGAAUAAGAUAAAGUUCAGAAAGCUCAGCAGAUGGAAAGCUUUUCUUUUAGAAUCCCAUUUUCUCUCUUUUAAGGUGGAGAGUUUGUCACAUACUUCACACUUCACCGUGUACACCAUGUAGUAAGGAAGUCCAUUCUCUUAAUAGGGAAGAAAGGAGAAUAGCAUUCAGGUGGUUAGGAUAAGAAUUUUUUUCAAGUUCUGAAUUUACCGUAUUUUUC